UUUUUUACUCUUUUGCUUUGGUCUGUGAGCAGCUUCCCGUUCAAACUAAUACGCCAUCGUUGCAUUGGUACUGCGGGUCAAAAUGGCUCCAGACAAGACAACUCUAGUCAAUUAAAGGGAGUGUUUUUGUUUUUAAAACUGUAACCAACAGGUCUGGCGUUCGAACCCGGGGUCUUGAACUGAAAAGAAAGAAGAAAAGUUCAAAAAUCACAAAAAAUGGUGAAAGAAGCAGAAGAAUCAUUAGAACGCAAUAAUGAUACAGAAAUUAGGGUUUCGCUGUUUGAUAAUUCAAUUGAUAAUUACCUCAAUGCAAUCGACAAAAUUUCUAAGCUAUGUGGAGAGACGGUGACUGAUUCUCCUGAAAUUCAACAAUUAUCUUCCUCAAUAACUUUCUUAAGAGAAUGGAAGUAUUAUUAUUGUGAACCUAAAACAAUUAGGUUCUCUUGUGAAUUGGAAAGUUGUCAAGAGAAAGGUUUUCUUGGUGAAGUAAAUUUACCUCAGUUUUCAUCAGUAGCUGUUCCAAGGAAAGAGAAACUAUAUGGGGGUAGUGCAUCGUCAGAAUCUAGUAAUGACUUUAUUAUGCAUGUUGGAGGGUCUGUUUGGGCAUUGGAUUGGUGUCCUAGGACUCAUGAAAGGCCUGCUGACCAUAUCAAAUGCGAGUUUGUUGCUGUUGCUGCUCAUCCUCCUGACUCUUACUAUCACAAGAUAGGCGCUUCACUUACUGGCAGAGGUAUAGUUCAGAUAUGGUGUAUUCUAAAUGUCAGUGGCAAUGAUGAAGAGACACCACUACCACUAAAAAAGUCAAAACAGGGAACUCAAAAUGAGGAUGCUUGCAAUGGCGAAUCAGCUCUGGUAAAGCGGCCCAAAGGACGACCUAGAAAGAAGCAACUAGAUGAAUCUUCGAAUGAUGAGGCCACAAAGCAGAACUGCACUCAAUUCAAGAGGCCAAGAGGUAGACCCAGAAAGAAGCAAAUAGAAGAAGCUCUUAAUGCUGAAGCCACGAACGAGAGUUUAACUAAACUUAAGAAGACAAGAGGACGACCUAGAAAGAAGGCAAGCGAUGAUCUUGAUAAUAUAUUUUGCAACAACCAAUAUGUUCAAGCCCUUGCUGUUGAAUACCCAGAAGAUUCAUCUCAAGUGCUUGCUAUAGAAGGGAUUUCUGAGAAUACCCAAAGACAGAUCAUUGGGAAAAACAAGGGAAAGAAACGAAAAAGUUGUACCGAAGCUUUGUCUGCAAGUUGUUCAACUGCUCAAACUACUGGGCGAUGUAGAAGAUUGGAAAGUAAGGCAACCCUUGCUGUUCAAUACCUAGAAGACUCAUCGCAAUUGCUUGCUGUAGAAGGGGUUUCUGAUAAUACCCAAAAGCAGACCAUACAGAAACACAAGGGGAAAAAACGAAAGGAUUCUCCAAAAGCAGUCUCUGCAUGUAAUUCAACUGCUGAAGCUGCUGGGAAAAUUGGAAGAUGGAAAAGUAAGGCAAGGGCAGAUGGUAAAGGUGCUGGUGUUCCAUGUCCACCAGUAUUGACUCAAAAUGAAGAUGAUCAGUCCUUCACUGAGGACUACCAAAUACUGGAGAACAGUGUACAGGAUCCUGCUGUGCUUAAUUGUGGUUUAGAUAAUGUUUCUGGAGAAAUCAACACUGGUUUUUGUUCUAUCCCAAAGGAUGUUGCUUUGCCAAGAGUUGUCUUAUGCAUAGCUCAUGAUGCAAAAGUUGUAUGGGAUGUAAAAUGGCAGCCGUGUUAUGGAUCCGACUCCAAGUGCCAGCAUCGGAUGGGUUAUCUUGCCGUCUUGCUAGGAAAUGGAUUCCUUGAAGUAUGGGAUGUUCCUCUUCCUCAUGUAACAAAAGUUAUUUAUUCUUCUUCUAAUAGAGAAGGUACUGAUCCUCGAUAUGUCAAAUUGAAGCCAGUAUUUAGAGGUUCAAUUGCUAAGCGUGGGGAAAUACAGAGCAUUCCUUUGACAGUGGAGUGGUCAACUUCAUACCCUCAUGAUUACUUACUUGCUGGAUGCCAUGAUGGCACGGUUGCUCUAUGGAAGUUCUCUGCGAGUGGCUUAUCUGGAGAUACAAGGCCUUUGCUGUGCUUCAGUGCAGAUACAGUUGCUAUUAGAGCAGUUGCAUGGGCACCAGCUGGAAGUGAUCAAGAGAGUGACAAUGUUAUAGUUACUGGUGGACAUGGAGGCCUGAAGUUUUGGGACAUACGUGAUCCGUUUCGACCUUUGUGGGACCUCCAUCCAGCACCAAAAUUCAUUUAUAGUCUAGAUUGGCUUCCAGAUCCAAGAUGUAUUAUCCUCUCCUUUGAUGAUGGAACAUUGAGACUCCUUAGCUUGGUGAAGGCGGCAUAUGACGCCCAUGUUAAUGGACAACCAUCUGUUGGGCCUAAACAACAAGGAAUCCAAAAUAUUUUUAAUUUUUCAUCCUUUGCUAUCUGGAGUGUUCAAGUGUCAAGAAAAACAGGCUUGGCUGCGUAUAGCAGUGCUGAUGGUACUGUUUGCCGCUUCCAGCUCACAACAAAAGCUGUAGAGAAAAGCCCAUCCAGGCAUCGAACUCCACAUUUUAUGGUUGGGUCCCUGAGUAAAGAUGAGGCAGCCAUUACCGUUAACAUUCCAUUACCAGAUACCCCUUUAACUUUGAAAAAGCCAGUUAACACUGUUGGGGACAAUCCAAGAUCUAUGCGGAGUUUAUUAGAGUCGAAUCAGACAAAAAGAGCUAAUAUUAACAAGGCAAAUGCACUGGCUGCAGAUAAUCAACUAUUAGCCCUUUGUGAUGUCAAUGAUCCAGGUGUGCAAUCUGAAUCAGAUGAAAGUCUUGCAGCUUUCAGAAGUCGAACUAAAUCAAAAUCAAAAAGUAUCAGCAAGAAAAUGACAGGAGAGGACCUAGCAUUGGUUUGCAUAGAUGAAGGACAAAAUAACAGACGGCAGAAAGAAAUUGUAAAAGCAGAAGUUGCAAAUGAAAUUGAGGUUAUCCCUCCAAAAAUAAUUGCAAUGCAUAGAGUUAGAUGGAAUAUAAACAAAGGUAGUGAGAGAUGGCUGUGCUCUGGAGGAGCAGCAGGAAUUGUGCGGUGUCAAGAAAUUAUAUUGUCUGAUACAGAUAAACUUUUGGCUAGGAAACGAUAAUAGGCAACAAGAUGUACAUUUGAUUAUGUUGUUGUUACUGUAAUUUACAUAGAUCGUAGUUAGUGUUCAUGAGCUUUCUUACA